AUGAAUAAGGUUGUCAUUACAACGUACCGCAGGCUACUGAAAAUGUGCAGCCAAGUAGAUAAUGAUAUUGCCUUGCGUUCCAUGCUAUCCUGCACUCCAAUCCAAGUUUACAAUCAUAGUAUUAAUGAGUGGGUUCCACUGAACGUGGGUAAGUUAUCAUCAUGGCAAGAUAGUCGCAUUUUCUUCGACAACUUGAUUCGACGCCUUAACAAUAUCAGGCAGUUUUAUAUUCCUCCAACCCUACGUGAGGAGGCGGUGGCGGCUAUGAAUUUGCAUAAUUUUCGGAUGGUUCAGCAAAAAACCGAGGCAACAGUAAAGGGUGGUGAAGCUGGAAAAUCAGAGAGGGAUGAACCUAUGACGAAGGCUUCGUCUUCGACAUCAACGCCAGAAGAUGGACCUAACUCCAACUCAACCUCAACUGGGUCCAAGCAUUCCGAUGGUACUUCUAUUACACAUAUCCCUUUAGAUGUAAAACCGUACGAUCUCCUGUGCCCAACGUUACGUUUUUUUUUGCCACAACUCCAUUUUCCACAAACCACCUCACCAAUUCCCUUGCCGCUGUUAAGGAGCUGA